CGCAGCGAUGGAGGCGCCCGGGCCUAAAGCGACGGAGGCGGAGCCCGAGCGCGGCCAUGGCGGGGCCCCUGAGUGUCAGUGGUGGUGUUGUCCCUUGUCACCUGGAACCCCAUGCAGCCGGAACCCAGGCCUAGUGGGGCUGGGGCCCACACCCGAUUUCUACCCUUGAGGUCACAGCGCCCUGAGGGUUCAGGGGACACAGUGAUGUACGCCUCCACCGAGUGCAAGGCUGAGGUGACACCUUCCCAGCAUGGCAACCGCACCUUCAGCUACACGCUGGAGGACCACACCAAGCAGGCCUUCGGAAUCAUGAAUGAGCUGCGGCUCAGCCAGCAGCUGUGUGAUGUCACACUUCAGGUCAAGUACCAGGACGCACCGGCUGCGCAGUUCAUGGCACACAAGGUGGUUCUGGCCUCAUCCAGCCCUGUCUUCAAGGCCAUGUUCACCAACGGGCUGCGGGAGCAGGGCAUGGAGGUGGUGUCCAUUGAGGGCAUCCACCCCAAGGUCAUGGAGCGUCUCAUCGAGUUCGCCUAUACAGCCUCCAUCUCCAUGGGUGAGAAGUGUGUGCUCCAUGUCAUGAACGGUGCCGUCAUGUACCAGAUCGACAGCGUCGUCCGUGCUUGCAGUGAUUUCCUGGUACAGCAGCUGGAUCCCAGCAAUGCCAUUGGCAUCGCCAACUUCGCUGAGCAGAUUGGCUGUGCUGAGCUGCACCAGCGUGCCCGCGAGUACAUCUACAUGCACUUUGGGGAGGUGGCCAAGCAAGAGGAGUUCUUCAACCUGUCCCACUGCCAGCUGGUAACCCUCAUUAGCCGAGAUGAUCUGAAUGUGCGCUGUGAGUCUGAGGUCUUCCAUGCCUGUAUCAACUGGGUCAAGUAUGACUGCGAGCACCGACGCUUCUAUGUACAGGCGCUGCUGCGGGCCGUGCGCUGUCACUCGCUGACACCCCACUUCCUGCAGAUGCAGCUGCAGAAGUGCGAGAUCUUGCAGUCAGACUCACGCUGCAAGGACUACCUGGUCAAGAUCUUCCAGGAGCUCACCCUACACAAGCCCACACAGGUGAUGCCCUGCCGGGCGCCCAAGGUGGGCCGGCUCAUCUACACUGCUGGUGGCUAUUUCCGCCAGUCACUCAGCUACCUGGAGGCUUACAACCCCAGUGAUGGCACAUGGCUUCGGUUGGCAGACCUGCAGGUGCCUCGUAGUGGCCUGGCAGGCUGCGUGGUGGGUGGGCUGCUUUAUGCCGUGGGUGGCCGGAACAACUCACCUGAUGGCAACACCGACUCCAAUGCCCUGGACUGCUACAACCCCAUGACCAACCAGUGGUCGCCCUGUGCCCCCAUGAGUGUGCCACGCAACCGAAUUGGGGUUGGGGUCAUCGAUGGGCACAUCUAUGCUGUUGGUGGCUCCCAUGGCUGCAUCCACCACAACAGUGUGGAGAGGUAUGAGCCAGAGCGUGAUGAGUGGCACUUGGUGGCCCCAAUGCUGACUCGAAGGAUCGGGGUGGGAGUGGCUGUUCUCAACCGGCUGCUCUAUGCCGUUGGGGGCUUUGACGGAACGAACCGCCUCAACUCAGCUGAGUGUUACUAUCCAGAGAGAGAUGAGUGGCGAAUGAUCACACCCAUGAACACCAUUCGAAGUGGGGCAGGAGUCUGUGUACUGCACAACUGUAUCUAUGCUGCUGGAGGCUACGAUGGUCAGGACCAGCUGAACAGUGUGGAGCGCUACAACGUGGAGACAGAAAUGUGGACUUUCGUAGCUCCCAUGAAGCAUCCUCGAAGUGCUCUGGGGAUUACUGUGCACCAGGGGAGAAUCUAUGUUCUUGGAGGCUACGACGGUCACACAUUCCUGGAUAGUGUGGAGUGUUAUGACCCAGACACGGACACCUGGAAUGAGGUGACCUGCAUGACAUCUGGCCGGAGCGGGGUGGGCGUUGCUGUCACCAUGGAGCCCUGCCGGAAGCAGAUCGACCAGCAGAACUGUACCUGUUGAGCCACUUUGGUUUUCUUGGGCAAAAAAUGGUUCCAUCAAGAGUAUUGCCAGCCCUGGCUGGUUUGGCUCAGCAGUUGGAGUGUCGGCCUGAAGACUAGAGAGUCCUGGGUUCGGUUCCUGCUAGGGGCACGUACCAAAAAAAAAAAAAUUAUAAAAAAAAGAAAGAGUAUUGCCAUUUUUGUACCAAAAUAGGGACAAAAGAAAAGUGACAGAGCAAAUGCUUGUCUACCAAGAUGUGAGGCUGGGAUGCCUCAGUGUUAGAAUGACUACUUGAAGGAAAAAAGACCAGAGUGGGAAUCCAUGAGCCCAUUAGAGUAGUCCCAGGAAUGUCCAAGAGAGUGCCUGGGGAUUGAGGGUGGUUCGAGAAGGGCGGGUUCCUGGGAGAGAAAACCCCACAACUACUACCCCAAGAUUAGGCCUGUGUCCCAUACCAGCAGCUGCCACCUCCCUUUGGGGUGAAAACAGGUAUUGAGGUCAGGCUUUUUUUUUUGUUCCCUGUGUCUUUGUGAUUGAUUCCUAGAGGCCUGGGAAAGAGCCAAUUGAGACCUUGGGGGUGAGGCCCUUCAGGAGUUGUGGACCCCAGGAUGGGCUUGUACAUAGAAACCACUGGAUGUCUUUGCCCUAGACAGUAAUUUUGUUGAUAAGUAACCCUGUAACUUUCCAAUGAAAAUAAAGAACAAACUAACUAGUGUCUUCUACCUGGACUCUCCGCUUGAGAUCUUGAACCUGGGACAGACAAGACUCUUCUCCUGAAAUGCAAUGAAGUCUUUGAUUUAGGUCUUAGAUUUGAAACCAGUUUGUUAUCUCUGCCCAUGCCUCUUGAUAUGUAGGGCAUCUUUCUCCCCAUAAGCAAGACACACAGGGCUCACUUUGUCUAUCACUUUGGGCUGCUUUGAAGAUAAUGACCUAACUCCUGACACAUCUCCAGGGCUCUGAGAGGUUAAGUUCAUGUGUGCACAGUUUAUAUUUUAAGGCAAACCAUCCCCAAAAUGUUUUCCAAAUUUGGUGAAAGUCUAUCUGGUAUUUUAGUGCAUUUCAGUAACACACUGAGCCUUUUCCUUUAUUGACGUGCCUGGUAAUUAAAAGGACAAAGGGGCCCUGGCCCAUUUGGCUCAGCGGUUAGAGCGUU